CAAGAGCGAGAUAUGGAGUUGAUACGCGAGUCACCCCUGGGUCAGCUUUUACGCGCGAUUACAGGGAAUAGGAUUCUACUUUAUCCAGAAGAAAAGCCUGGAUUUGUUCCAUCGAGUCCAGAUGAGACAAGACACCAGAUUGAAUCUAAGCAAAGUCUUGGAGGUGACUCUGCCAUAGCUCCAACAGCGACUUCAUACGACGGACCAUACGAAGAAAAUGAUGCAAACUAUAUAGUUGACUGGUACGGACCAGACGAUCCAUCAAACCCGAGAAAUUGGUCGUCAUGGAAGAAAAGAUUUGUUACUUUUCAGAUAUGGUACACAUCACCUCAUAUUCUACCUCGAUUUUCACACAGUCGAAGUUUUUACACUUUCGCCAUAUAUUGUGGCUCAUCAAUCUACGUGCCAGCUGAAUCUCAAAUAAUGGAAUAUUUCCAAGUCAGUCAAACAAAGGCUUCAUUGGGCUUGGCAUUAUAUGUAUUGGGCUAUGGCCUCGGUCCAUUGCUCUUCUCACCCUUGAGUGAAGUUCCAUUAUAUGGCCGCAAUAUCCCAUAUAUUACCUCCCUCACCAUAUUUGUUGUGUUGUGUGUUCCAACCGCUUUGGUAGACAACUACGCCGGACUCAUGGUUCUUCGACUGCUCCAGGGCUUUUUCGGCAGUCCCUGUCUGGCAAGUGGUGGUGCCUCAAUGACAGAUAUGUACUCGGAUAUUUACCUACCACUGGGAUUAACUAGUUGGGUAGCUGCGGCGUAUGGUGGACCAGCUCUUGGGCCGCUUUUGUCGGCCUUUUCGGUCGCUGAAAAGGGGUGGCGGUGGGCGAUGUGGGAAAUUCUUUGGAUGAGUACACCCAUCCUUGUUCUUAUGGUUAUCUGUCUUCCAGAGACAUCGGCCGACAAUAUCCUUCUCCGCCGUGCAGGGCGACUACGCAGAGUUACUGGAAACUCGAAAUUUUUGUCGCGAUCGGAGAUUGCACACAAUAGCCAAGCAUUUGACAAAAUGCUCCUUGAUUGCCUGAUCAAACCUGCCGAGAUAAUGAUGAAAGACCCAGCCGUUCUAUUCGCCAAUUUCUAUACCUCCCUGGUGUAUGGAAUCUAUUACUCCUUCUUUGAAGCAUUCCCAUUGGUUUUUCCGAAUAAGUACGGGCUGGAUGCUCGGGAUGUUUCGCUAAUUUUUAUCUCAAUCAUUAUUGGUUGUGCGCUCGCAGCGACUGUGUAUAUCUUCUAUGUUUAUACCCGCCUCAUGCCUGAUCUAAAGGCCAAGGGCCAACGUGCACAUGAGCACCGCCUGGGGCCUGCUCUAUUCGCUUCACUGGGGCCACCCGUUGGACUUCUAAUUUUUGCCUGGACUGCCAAUGGAAAAAUCCACUGGGCUGUCAGCGCACUCGGUGUUGUCAUAUACUCAGGAUCGGUAUUCAUUGUGUUUCAAUGCGUAGUGAUCUACCUGCCCCUUGCAUAUCCGAAGUAUUCAGCUUCGCUGUUUGCCGGCAAUGAUACAACACGAUCUACUGUCGCGUUUGCGUUCAUCCUAUUCUCCCGAUCCAUGUUCAUUGAGCUUGGUAUUGACAAAGGUGUUACUUUGCUAGCCGGAUUGAGCAUCCUAGGGAUUAUCGGCAUGUUUAUCCUCUAUUUCUACGGUGCAAAUCUCCGUGCUAGAUCUAGCUUUGCGGAGCAGAGAUGA